GGAUAAUCUUUACCGACAUAAAAAAGAUUCCCACGCGGAAACUUUGAACAUACAACCCUUUAUAAAUCACCCACUCCAUUUCUGUGCUUUCAGAAUACGCUUGCUUUUGAUCGUAACAACUAACAAGCAAAUGGCACCUCUUGGAGGAAUUCGCGAGUCUAAGGGAGCGGAAAACAGUCUUGAAAUCGACAACCUUGCUAAAUUCGCUGUCGAUGAGCAUAACAAGAAACAGAAUUCAGUUUUGGAAUUUGAGAAGGUAAUAAGUACAAAGCAGCAGACAGUAUCAGGCACUGUUCACCAUAUCACACUGGAAGCAAAAGAUGGUGGUGCGAAGAAAACUUAUGAAGCCAAAGUGUGGGUGAAGCCAUGGAUGAACUUCAAGGAACUUCAGGCUUUUGGGCCUGUUGAUGCUGCAACUUCAUCUUAAUUAAAUAUUUAACUUUCCUCUGGCUCUGGUGAUCAGAGUGCUGACGGUGUAAAGCUUGAAUUUAUUCAAGUCGAUGUUUAAGUAUUUCUAAUUUUGUAUGAAUAUUGUGUAAGUUUGGAUUCUGUUGAACAUGUAUCUUAAAACCUUCUGUUAAUGAAAUAAUUAGGGUAUGUGUUCCUAAUCUUACAUUGGUUCUAGAUUAUAAUACCGUGUAUUCUUCUGUUAUUAAAACUAGGCCUGAGA